AUGAAGGUUCCUGAAGAAACACUCAAAGAAAUAUUUGCUGCCAUCGAUGAGCGUCAGAAUGAGUUUGUGGCUAAUCUCAAGGAGGCCGUUGGCAUUCCGUCCGUCUCUAGCGAGCCUGCUCGUCGUCCCGACUGCGUGAACAUGGUUAUGUGGGCGAAAAAGAAGCUGGAAGAAAUCAAAGUUUCGGUGCAAGUUGUCGAAGCUGGAAAGCAAAAACUUCAUGAUGGCACUGUGAUCGACCUACCACCGAUAAUUUUUGGAGUGUUAGGUACCGAUCCAAAAAAGAAGACUCUUCUUGUGUAUGGUCAUCUUGAUGUCCAACCUGCUGCCAAGGAAUUGACGGAAGUCGGCGGAAAGCUGUUUGGACGAGGAUCUACUGAUGAUAAAGGCCCUGUUAUUGCGUGGAUUCAUGCCAUUAGCGUCCUUCAGAAAAAGGGUGUCGAUAUUCCAGUCAAUUUAAAGUUUGUUUUUGAAUGCAUGGAAGAGUCUGGCUCUGAGGGACUUGAGCAGGCCCUCCGCAACCACAAGGACGACUUCCUCAAAAACGUUGAUAUGACUUGCAUCUCUGACAACUAUUGGCUCGGAAAAAACAAACCUUGCCUCACUUAUGGUCUGAGUCCGGAAGCGAUGAAUGAUUUGGUUUGGAUAAUGUCGCAGUUGACUGAUUUGGACGGUAAGAUCAAAAUCCCAGGCAUUUACGAUCUCGUAGCGCCUUUAACUGAUGAGGAGAAGAAGUGUUAUGAGUCGAUUGACUUUUGUAUGGAUACCUUCCAGAGCGACGUCGCUGCUUGUGGCCUGCUCAAGAAUACCAAGCAUGAGAUCUUGAUGAACCGUUGGCGCCAUCCUUCAUUGUCGCUUCAUGGUAUUGAAGGGGCUUUCAGCAAUCCAGGAGCGAAAACCGUGAUCCCAAGCAAGGUUGUGGGAAAGUUUUCGAUUCGCAUCGUGCCUAACAUGACACCUGAUGCCGUCGAUAAGUUGGUUGUCACUUACCUGAAUGAUCUCUGGUCGAAGCGCCAUUCUCCGAACCAUUUCAAUGCUUUCCCGCACCAUAGUGGAAUGCCUUGGGUAACGGACUGGAAGCAUGAAAACUUUGCUGCUGGCUCACGUGCAAUCAAGAGGGUGUUUGGUGUGGAACCGGAUUAUACCCGCGAAGGAGGAAGCAUUCCUAUCACUCUCGUCUUCCAGGAGCUCACGGGUAACAAUGUGAUGCUGCUACCGAUUGGAGCAUGUGACGAUAUGGCGCAUUCUCAGAACGAGAAGUUGGAUCGUGUCAAUUACAUCCAGGGUACGAAGAUGAUGGCUGCCUACCUUCUCGAGCUAGCGGCGUGA